AUGCUGACAGUAGUUCUGCAGAAUGCAAACAUAGAAAUAGUCAAAACAAAAAGAGGAAAGGAGCUGCUCAGCAGUGAAAUGGUUGAAGCAAGGAAAAGGGCAAACAGCACGGAGUACAGGCCAGAUAUACUCCACCAGUGUCUGCUGAUGUUGCUUGACUCGCCGUUAAACAAGGCAGGCCAUCUGCGCGUGCUAAUUGAGCUAAGCAUAGGGAAGGUGGUGACUCUGAACAAAACCAUACGAAUUCCAAGAGUGUACAGCAGGUUCAGUGGGCUGCUUGUGCAGCUACUGGAGAGGCACAGAAUAUACUCAGAAGGAGAGAGAAUUGAGCUAAUGAAAGUUGAGAAGGAGAGACUGGAAAGCUUCAUCUCCAACGAAAGCAUAAAAGUGGGUCUGUCAAAGGAAGGCGAGAACUUUUUUGACACGUUAAAUUGUGACAUAAAAGCUCAUGCAGAGAAACAAAACAAAGAGCAUGCGCAUAGCAUAGAAGUGCGCAGUGAAAUAUCUGAGCAGAAGGAAAUCCCAGAGUAUGUAUUCUACAUUAAUGCAAUCUCAAGUGGAGAAGACCCAAACACAGGAAUGCACCACAUUCUAUCCCUCUCUGCAUACGCUCUCUCUGCAGCCACCUGCUGCUCCAAAAUAUGCACAUACUUUGAAGAGACUCUAAAUGUUUUUUAA